CAAAUGUCAAAAUUUCCUUUGUCAUAAAUGUUUCGCUAGUGAAAUUAACAGCUGUUUUCUUCGAUUUCUUUGGUAUUUUUAUCACAGUAAUAUCAUUAUUUCUGAAUCAAAAGGUAUAUCAUUUUUCAUAUCGGGUCAUGUUAGAUAUCAUUAGCUAUAUAGUAGUUUUAAAAUGAAACAAAGAACUCGCCAAAUGCUAAAUGGAGAUGAAUUACUUGGACAUAACGUAAAUAUGAACAGAUCAAGUGAUUCAUACAAUAGUGAAAUUCAACUGCACAGGAUUAAACCUCAAGAUCAUUUUAUUGAAGCUCAAGUACAAGAAGGAGAUACGCUGCAAGCAAUCGCUCUACGAUUUUAUUGUUCGAUUUCAGAAUUAAAGAGGAUUAAUCAUAUACACAAGGACAAUGAGAUAUUUGCUCGACGGACAAUAAAAGUGCCCGUGACACCAUACUCUGUACUCACAGAGCUUAUACCACCACCAGAGGAGAGUCAGCCAAUACCAUCAACAUCAAAGCAGUUGCUGCCAAAUCUUAGCAUACCUAAUAUUUUACAACAUGCUUCUGUUAAUGGACUCACUAGUGAAAUUGUAAAAGAUGUUGCGAAAACAGGAGAUUCUAAAGAAAAUGACUGCGCUAUAGACUGUAAUGCUGUUGUUUUGAACAGCACACUGACCCCAUCUGUCAUACCUUAUACAGAUUCUGAACAAAAUGAGGCAAUAUCUGAAGAUACUCAGUUGUUACCGAAUAAUAAACCAAAGAUAUCGGUGGAAGCGGUUGUUGUGAAGGAGUUGACUUCCCAUGGUGCUGAUUUUGGGUUAAAAUGGUUCCAUUUGGUUGGCUGCAUGCUUGUACUAGGGGUUGUAAUACCACUUGUAUAUGUCAUGUUUUAUCUAGACAAGCACACAGACACAUCUCUGCAUCCCACAUGAUGAAUAUUUUGGACUUGAUCUGAUCAAAAGCUUUAAGUUGUGGAUAUUUUAGUAAACAUUUUAAUAUUAACAUUCAAUGUAUGUAUAUAAUAAGGUAACUUGAUUAUUAUAAA